AUGAUUCGCAGUCCUUCGUUCGCGCUACGAAACAUUGUCCCGCCAAAGGACCCGAAGCCGCUGUGGGCACGGUACACACCCACUGCACUCGAGCGCACUGUGGCACUAAUCAACAGCCAUCCCGUCGUCUUAUUUGCGCGACGCAACUGCGACACCAGCGAGAAGAUGAUCUCUGAACUCGCCAAAUCCCAGAUCGAGUUCCGGCUAGUCUAUCUUGGCGAUAUGACGGCUGGAAACAUCAUCCAACGCCGGCUCCAGGAGCUUACGGGGCAGUGGACUGUGCCCAGCAUGUUUGUCAAGAGCCACCACAUUGGCGACUACAAGGAGACUGUAGAGGCGAUAAAGCACGGCAGAGUCAAACAGAUUCUAGAUUCAGAUCAGUGGAUAGAACUUGUAUACGCGGUGCGCCCGGAUGUGUGGGCCAGAGACGCCAAACUGAAAGACAAGUCGCCAAUGUCUUUUGAUAUGUGCCUGCAAGACUCGCACCGAUUCAACUAUGUUCAUCGACAGCGGUGGGCAAAAGUCAAGCGGUACUGGGGAAUGCAUCCAGCAAUUGAGGAUAUUCCUGCGUAUACUCGGUCAUUUAAGAAACUGUAG